GCUAUAUAAGCAAGUUCUUGUACAAGUUGUAAUUCGCAAGCAAAUCCUCACAAAAAAUAUUCUACUGGGCACAUUUCUGCUAUGUCCUCAAUACUUCUGUUUCAAUGGUUUCUGUUCUUUUUUAUUCUCUUAAUCUCUGCAACUGCAGCACGGCUUAAUAUUCCAAGGCUUAGUCCAAUAGGACCAAGAAUUCUUGAAGACCCAGCUGAGAUUUUGUCUGAACUAGUUUCAGAUGAUUUAGAAACAUUCUUUUACAACCAAACUCUCGAUCAUUUCAACUAUAAACCUGAAAGUUACAGCAUCUUUGAACAAAGAUAUGUGAUCAAUUCCAAAUACUGGGGUGGUGCUAAUGCUAGUGCACCAAUUCUUGUGUAUUUUGGUGCAGAAGCACCACUGGAUGGUGAUCUUGCUGUUAUUGGGUUUCUAUCAGACAAUGCUAUUCGAUUUAAUGCUCUUCUGCUAUAUAUAGAACAUAGAUACUAUGGGAAAUCAAUCCCAUUUGGAUCAAGAGAAGAAGCAUUGAAAAAUGGAAGCACUCUUGGGUAUUUCAACUCUGCUCAAGCUAUUGCAGACUAUGCUGAAAUUAUCAUUAAUGUCAAGAAAAGCUUCCAAGCUGAAAAUUCUCCGGUUAUCGUCAUCGGAGGAUCCUAUGGUGGAAUGCUGGCUUCCUGGUUUCGACUUAAGUACCCUCACAUAGCCCUUGGAGCUUUGGCUUCAUCAGCACCUGUUCUUUACUUUGAUGAUAUUACUCCACAGGAUGGAUACUAUUCCAUUGUCACCAAGGAUUUUAGAGAAGCAAGUGAGACUUGCUUACAGACAAUACAAAAGUCAUGGGCAGUAAUUGAUGAAAUUGCUUCUAAACCCAAUGGCCUUUCAAUCCUCAGCAAGAAAUUCAAGACUUGCAAACCCUUAAACGACUCUGAUGAGCUCAAAAACUACUUGGACUCCAUGUAUAGUUCUGCUGCUCAGUACAAUAAGCCACCCACAUAUCCUGUAAACAUAAUCUGCGGAGGCAUAGAUAGUAGCACAAACUCUGAGAAUGAUACUCUGAGCAAAAUAGUUGCUGGUCUUUUUGCUUACAGAGGAAACAGAUCCUGCUAUAUUAAUGCACCCACUAAUGUAUCUGAAACAAGCGUGGGGUGGGGAUGGCAGACAUGUAGCGAGAUGGUGAUACCUAUUGGCCGUGGGAAUGACACCAUGUUCCCACCUGAACCAUUCGAUCUCCAAAGCUACAUCCAAGACUGCAAGGAUUUGUAUGGUGUUCCACCUCGACCUAACUGGGUCACUACCUAUUAUGGAGGUCAUAGUAUAAAACUUAUUCUCCAGAGAUUUGGCAGCAACAUCAUUUUCUCCAAUGGAUUGAAAGAUCCUUAUAGUAGUGGAGGGGUUUUGGAGAAUUUAUCAGACACCAUUACCGCUGUUCAUACUGUCAACGGGUCUCACUGCUUGGACAUACUUGUUGCGAACAAAACAACAGAUCCAGAGUGGUUGGUCGCACAACGAGAAGUUGAGAUCAAAAUUAUUGACGGAUGGAUUAAUGAGUACUAUGAUGAUCUAAAGAAUCAGUAAUGAAAACCACAUCAAACUUGUUAUAUUCUGGAAUAAAGAUUAAUGGUAGUGGAAAUUGAAGUUAAA